UAUACAUUUUCAACUCCAUAUAUGGAGCAACAUGAUGGACCUUCUGCAACAAACUCAUUCGACAUUACUGAUAGUGAUAUAACUAAACUAGUUGAAAGAUACCGUAAGUCUUAUAAGCAACAAAUUAAUCCAACCAUUGAUUAA